CAUUAUUUAUUUAAAAUGUGACAGAUUCAUUUUAUUCCCUUAUUUUGUGAAACAAUCUCUCUUUUUAUAUAAUUUAUGUCACUUAUUUUCAGGGGUGAAAUAUACACCUGAGCCCACUGUGCGUGAGUACUCAGCUGUUCUGGGUUUACCGGUUGACCCAAUUACCACCUCUCAGCGCUCUCUCAUCGCUGCAAGUCUUGAGUUCACGGUGAAGGCCAGAAGAAUGACAGAGAGAAGAGCGAAAAGAGAAGAGCGAAGGGAAAAGAGCGAAGAGAAAAGAGCGGAGAGCAGAUGAAAGAGUCAAGAAUCGGCCAGAGGCAGCUGGUCCGACGAGGCGGCUACUUGAUUAGUUCCACAGCGAUCGCAGACCCAGACGGACCUUCGACAAGAAAGAAGCUGCAGUCUCCACCGUUAAGAUAUUUAUAAAAUCGGGCUUAGAUAUGUUGCCAGACAAAAAGGCGGCUCUCCUGCUGCUGACCGCGAUCACCGCCCUCAAAUUGCAGGAAAUAAAUGCCUACAGGCGCAAUUUCGAUGCGCGGCAAAGCAGUAAUUCCAAUAUUCCACUCUGGAAACAGCGAGCGUGUGAGAAAUCGCAGAAGCAGCGGCAAAAUGCACACUAUGUUUGCGAUGAAAAGGGCGACUUCAAGUGUCUGCCUGGGUGGCAGGGUGAUCUUUGCCAGGUGCCCAUGUGUCGCAGGGGCUGUGACCCCAUGAAUGGUUACUGCCAGCGACCCGGCGAGUGCAGGUGUCGCAUUGGAUACAGUGGCGAACUCUGCGACAAGUGCAUCCCGCUUCCAGGCUGCCAACAUGGUGGAUGCACCAAGCCAUUCGAGUGCAUUUGCAAGCCUGGCUGGGCGGGACUCUUCUGCACGGAACCAAGUUGCCGUAGCGGAUGCCACAGCACCCGUGGAUAUUGCGAGGCGCCUGGGGAGUGCCGUUGUCGGAUUGGCUAUGCCGGACGCACUUGCUCCGAGUGCGCCACAAUGCCGGGCUGCCAGCACGGCACCUGCAACAAGCCACUGGAAUGCCUCUGCCUGCCCGGCUACACCGGUCUUCUGUGCCAGACGCCCAUCUGUGAUUCAGAUUGCAGCAAGCAGCACGGAUAUUGCCGCAAACCCGGCGAGUGUCGCUGCAAAGUGGGCUGGACGGGCAGCCAGUGCGACAAGUGCUUCCCGUAUCCGGGUUGUGCCAACGGGGAUUGCGAGGCGCCGUGGGAGUGCAACUGCCAUCCCGGCUGGGGCGGAAUGCUGUGCGAUGAGAAGCUCACCUACUGCGUGGAGCAUCCGGACACGUGCGAAAACGGGGGCAAGUGCACAUCGCUGAGCCGCGAGGAUGGCAGCUACCAGUGCCAGUGCCGGCAGGGAUUUCUGGGCAAGAACUGCGAGAUACGCGAUGACUUUCUGCUGACCUCAGAGGCGCCGCCGCGUAUCACACCGCCCACACCCGCCGCACUCGAGCUAGAACUAGAUGGCGAACUGGACCAGAACGGGCAGCAGGACAUCGUCGGUACAGGUGUGCCCGAUGACAGCGCGCCAGGAGGCGAUCUGGUUGGGGAAAAGUUGCCGGCGGGUAACGAGCCGGAGCGCCGGAAAAAUGACACCACAACCGCAGGAGCUGGAGUGAGAGUGGGAGUGGGAUCCAUGAAUCCACUACCCGGCAACACGAACGCCACAAGGACGACAAUGAUGGUGGCUGGAACUGGAACUGUCAGCCACAAUGCGACUAAUGAAGCGUUAAGCGACGUUACAACGAGGCGUGCCACCCCGAUUCCCCACACAUCCGGCGAAAAAGCCGGAAAGGGUAAUGCAACAAGUGUGGCGGCAGCGACUGGACCCUCCUCGUCCAUCAGUACCAGCCAGGAGCAAACAAUAGCAAACUUGGCGCCAGCUGCAACAGGAGCAGGAGCAGGAGCAGGAACAGGAACAACAACAGCAGCCACAUCCGUGACCAGCCACAAGGAUAAGCCAAAUGUGGCGGACGCGGAGGAGGAGGAGGAGGAGGAUGACGAGGAUGAUGAGGAGGAUGAGGAUGGCGAGUACGAUGAGGAGGAGGAUGAGGACGAGGACGAUGAGGAAGAUGACAGCGAUCAACUCAUACCAAAUAUUAUAUAGUUAAGCUGCCUGACAAAUGACAAGUAAUCCCUCUUUUAUACUACAUAUACACACAGUGUUCAGUUAGGAGCCAUCUCUGCAUUUUAAGUAUCCAGCAUCUCGAAGUGUCUUUUUUUUUAAUAUUUAUUAUUUACGAGUAAGUGAAACACCCAAUUGAAAAAUCCAUGCAUUGCGAUAGAUAUACAUAUAUAAAUUGUAUUUAUUUAUGAUAAAUUUAGGGAUUAGGCUAAGCAAUUUUCGAUUUAACAAAUGUCAAAAAAAAAAUGAUAUUAUUAAAGUUUGCUAAUCUUAA